AUGCAAAGGAAAGCUCUUGCUUCUGCAGCUGCUGCUGCUGCAUUAGAAGAGGCCAAUGCUACUGAAUGCAUAAUAAGAAAUUUAAGAUUGCUUCAGAUGGACUCAAACAUAGAGUGUUUGAGGUUUCUCUGGCUGAUCUCCAAGGGGAUGAAGAUCACGCUUUCAGGAAGAUUAGGCUGUUCUCUGGCUGAUCUCCAAGGCGAAAGCCACUGA